AUGGAUGAAAAGUUCAAGAGCGCGUUGGAUGAGAGAGAUGCGGAUCUGAGUCCUUUAGAGCUGAAAGACGCGACCGAGAGCACCGAGGAUGAGGAGGCUCAGAGACCCACGUGGAACCGGCGGCUGGAGUUCAUCCUGGCAUCUGUGGGAUACGCAGUGGGUCUGGGCAAUGUGUGGAGGUUCCCCUACCUGUGCUACCGCAGCGGCGGAGGUGCUUUUCUGAUCCCGUACUUCACCAUGCUGAUCCUGUGUGGUAUUCCUCUGCUCUUCAUGGAAUUCGCCAUCGGCCAGUAUACUCAGUUAGGGCCCGUGCAUGCCUUUGCCAAAAUAUGUCCCCUGUUAAAAGGUGUCGGCCUGGCCACAGUGGUGAUGUCAUUCCUGUUCUCCGUGUACUACAACGUGCUACUCGGCUGGACUUUAUUCUAUUUUUUCAACUCAUUCGGGGCGAGUCUCCCCUGGACGUCCUGCAGCAGCGCCUGGAAUGUCUUCCAAAACUGUUCUGCCGGUUUUUCCAGCAACGCCACUCACCUGCAGUCGGCCAGCCAGCAGUUCUUUGAUAACAAGCUGCUGGAGAAGACCAACGGCAUUGAAGAAGUUGGCAGCGUUCGCUGGGAGCUCUUUGGCUGCCUUGCUGCUGCCUGGGUCAUUGUGUAUUUCUCCAUAUUUAAAGGGGUCAAAUCAACCGGCAAGGUUGUGUAUUUCACCGCCUUAUUUCCGUACUUCAUCCUGUUCAGCCUGCUCAUUAACAACGUCCAGCUCCCCGGGGCCAAGAAAGGUGUCCUCUACUUUGUGACGCCCGUCUGGAGCAAGCUGUUCGAUGUAAAGGUUUGGGUUAAUGCCGCAUCCCAGGUGUUUAACUCACUCGGAAUAGCUUUUGGUUCCAUGAUUUCGAUGGCGAGUUACAACAAGCUCAACGACAACAUUCUCAGGGAUGCAUUAAUAGUUUCAUUGACAAACUCCUUCACCAGUAUUCUGGCUGGCUUUGUGAUUUUCUCGGCCGUUGGUUACAUGGCUCACAUUCACAACCUUCCGGUGGACAACAUAGCCACAGAUGGUCCGGGUUUGGUGUUUGUCAUCUACCCUGAAGUCCUCGCCACCAUGCCAGCCUUUCAGCUCUGGGCGCCUCUGUUCUUCUUCAUGCUGCUGUGCCUGGGCCUGGACAGUCAGUUUGCCACCGUUGAGGUUUUGGUGACGUUCGUAAAGGACGAGUUCGGAGCCAAAAUUCUGCGUUUCCUCAAGAGAGAGGAGCUGCUCACCUUGGUCGUGUGCACUGUUGGCUUUCUACUGGGGAUUCCUCACAUAACUAAGGGAGGCAUCUAUGUGUUCCAGCUGAUGGAUCACUACACCGCCGUGGUUUCCCUCAUAUUCCUGGCUGUCUUUGAAGUCAUUGCUGUCUGUUGGGUCUUUGGCAUCUCACGGAUCUCCUCAAUGGUGACGAGGAUGCUGGGAAAAGCUCCAAACAUCUACUUCCGUGCCUGCUGGCUGGUGCUCUGUCCUGUCUUAUUGUUGUGCAUAUUGAUCUCCAGCAUCGCUCAGUUCUCUCCUGCUCAUUAUGGGAAAUACACAUAUCCAGUAUGGGCUGAGUGUGUGGGCUGGGUCAUCUCAGUGCUCUCCGUAAUGUGGAUCCCACUUGGCGCCGUUCAUGAAAUCUGGACCAACAAAGGAUCAUUUAUUGAGAGAAUUAAGACUGCCGUGACUCCGACAAUAGACCUGGAAGCUGAAGGCGCCCCGUCAGAAAAACAAGCCCUCAACGACUACAGCGCGAGUGAAAAGUCCUUCACAUCAGUGGCUUGACCAGAAUUACUCACCCAGAUGUUAAUCUACU